UAGCGUUGAUCGGAGAGACGGAGAUAUAUUUAUAUAUUUAUAUAUAUACAAUUUUUUUGGCUCCUGCUAAAAUUAGCCGGGCCCGCCGCGCGCCCGUGUGCGAGUGUGUGCGUGCGGCUGUCUGUGUGUGUGUGUGUGUGUGUGUGUGUGUGUGAAUGUGAUUACUCCAGGACUCCUCAGGCUCCGGAGACGCCAUUUUCCCCCUUGAUAUCUCUCUCCAUAAAUCGGUGGCGCGGCGGAGGCGGCCGCGCCGGGCGGGAAGCGCGGGGCUGGCAGGGGCGCCCGCCGCUCGCCGCCGCCUCGCGCGCCCGGGGCCCCCCGGCGCCCCCCGAGCGAGGGCGGCCCGCCCCGCGGCUCGCCGUUUGACAGAUGCUCAUCGCCAUGGAGUUGCCGCAGCAGCACCUUUGGGGGCUCGGGCGAGCGACCGGAGCCGGGAUCUGAGCGAGCGCCAGGGCCAGCGGAGCCGGAGCCGCCGGGACAUGGUUGCAGAUCUGAUCUCUUCUGAACACCUCACCGUGUCUCCAUACCUGCGACUCUGAACCCAGUCGUCGGAACCCUCGAUUCUUGGAAUUUUGGGCAUCCUUUCGUCUCACACUUCUUUUUUUCCUUUGCCCCUCCUGAGAACUCCUGGAAACUGUAGGAUUAUCAUGGAGUCCAGGGAAAUACUAAGCAGCUCCCGGCAAAGAGGGAGCGAGUCGGAUUUCCUGCCCGGCUCCUCCAGUAAGGUCCCGGUAGCUCCUGGCUGUGCAGGAGACACUUUGCUUUCCACCGCAGGACCCGGAAAGGGAAUCCCGGUGGGUGGAGAACGAAUGGAGCCAGAAGAGGAGGAUGAACUGGGCUCAGGGCGGGAUGUGGAUUCCAACUCCAAUGCAGACAGUGAGAAAUGGGUGGCAGGAGACGGCCUGGAAGAACAGGAGUUUUCCAUCAAGGAAGCAAACUUCACUGAGGGGAGUCUGAAGCUGAAGAUUCAGACGACAAAGAGGGCUAAGAAACCCCCAAAGAACUUGGAGAACUAUAUAUGCCCACCUGAGAUUAAGAUCACCAUUAAGCAGUCUGGGGACCAGAAGGUGUCCAGAGCUGGGAAAAAUAGCAAAACCACCAAGGAGGAAGAACGAAGCCACUCCAAAAAGAAGCUCCUCACAGCCAGUGAGCUUGCAGCCAGCGACCUCAAAGGAUUUCAGCCACAGGCAUAUGAGAGGCCACAGAAGCACUCAACUCUCCAUUAUGAUCCAGGCCUCACACAGGACUUCACCGGGGACACCUUAAAACCAAAGCACCAGCAAAAAAGCAGCAGCCAGAGCCAUGUAGACUGGUCCAGCACCUCUGACAGUGGACCCACCACUCAGAAUUGCUUUAUCACUACAGAGUCUGGCAGAGAAUCUGCAAGCACCAGCAAGAUCCCAGCUCUUGAGCCUGUGGCUUCCUUUGCAAAGGGCCAGGGUAAGAAAGGCAGUGCAGGGACCACGUGGAGUCAAUUGUCUAACAGUAGCAAAGAUCUACUCUUGGGAAGUGUGGUUCCAUCCCCAAGUAACCAUAGUUCACCAGCUCCACCCAACAGUUCUGCUGAGUGCAAUGGGCUUCAGUCCUUAGGAGAUCAAGAUGGAGGGGCCACUAAGGAUGCUCCAGAACCACCUGUCAUAGGCAGCAAAAAGAAGUCGAGUAAAAAAGAUGCAAGUCAGACCAUCCCAAACCCAGACCUGGAUUGGGUCAAGAGUACUCAGAAAGCAUUUGACAGUGCCGAAGGGAAAGGGAAUAGCUACUCUGCAGAUAAUACCCAAGAAGUGUCACCAGCCAGGCCAAAUGUGAGUUGCAUCAGUGGUCCCGAAAAUGACUCCAGUCAUGUCCGGAUUACUAUCCCCAUCAAGACACCCUCUCUAGACCCAAGCAGCCAUAAAAGGAAGAAGAGGCAGUCCAUCAAAGCUGUGGUCGAUAAAAUUAUCCCUGAGAAAGCCCUGGCUUCUGGAAUCACUAUGAGCAGUGAAGUAGUUACCAGGAUUCUCUCCAAUUCAGAGGGCAAUAAGAAAGAUCCUCGUGUCCCCAAGUUGUGUAAAAUUAUAGAGAAUGAGCCCCCCUCAGUUGGCCUUGAAACUGGUGGGAAUAUUGAAAAAAUUGUCCCAGGAGGUGUGUCUAAGCCACGGAAGCCACCCCUGGUUAUGACACCUCCAAUGUGCACAGAGCACUCUCCAUCAAGAAAGCUGCCAGAAAUUCAGCAUCCAAAAUUUGCUGCAAAACGGAGAUGGACAUGCAGCAAGCCCAAACCCACUAGCAUGCUCCGAGAGGCAGUCAUGGCCACCUCUGAUAAACUGAUGGUGGAACCCCCAUCUGCCUAUCCCAUCACCCCAUCCAGCCCUCUGUACACCAACACAGACAGUCUUACUGUGAUCACUCCAGUCAAGAAGAAGCGGGGACGCCCCAAGAAGCAGCCUCUGCUCACAGUGGAGACAAUUCACGAGGGCACGUCCACCAGCCCAGUCAGUCCCAUCAGCCGAGAGUUUCCUGGCACUAAGAAAAGAAAGAGACGACGCAAUUUAGCAAAGUUGGCCCAGCUUGUGCCAGGAGAGGACAAACCUAUGAGCGAGAUGAAAUUUCACAAAAAAGUUGGAAAACUUGGCGUGUUGGAUAAGAAGACCAUCAAGACGAUCAAUAAGAUGAAGACACUGAAGAGGAAAAAUAUUUUGAACCAGAUCUUGUCCUGCUCCAGCAAUAUUGCUCUGAAGGCAAAAGCUCCUCCAGAGACCAGUCCAGGGGCCACAGCCAUCGAAAGCAAACUGGGCAAGCAGAUUAAUGUCAGCAAAAGGGGGACCAUCUACAUUGGCAAGAAGAGGGGCAGAAAGCCUAGAACAGAGCUGCCACCCCCUUCCGAAGAACCCAAAACAGCCAUCAAGCACCCAAGGCCUGUUUCUAGCCAGCCGGAUGUUCCAGCCGUGCCUUCCAACUUUCAGUCACUUGUGGCAUCUUCACCAGCAGCUAUGCACCCACUUUCAACACAGUUAGGUGGGUCCAAUGGCAACCUAAGCCCCGCCAGCACUGAAACCAAUUUUUCAGAGUUGAAAACUAUGCCAAAUCUCCAGCCCAUCAGUGCUCUUCCAACCAAAACUCAAAAGGGAAUCCACAGUGCAACCUGGAAGUUGUCUCCCCCCAGGCUGAUGGCCAACUCUCCCUCACACCUUUGCGAGAUUGGCUCCCUGAAGGAAAUCACACUGUCCCCUGUGAGCGAGUCACACAGCGAGGAGACGAUCCCGAGUGACAGUGGCAUCGGGACAGACAACAACAGCACGUCUGAUCAAGCGGAGAAGAGUUCAGAAUCCCGAAGGAGAUACUCCUUUGAUUUCUGCUCCCUGGACAACCCGGAAGCCAUCCCAUCUGACACCAGCACAAAGAAUCGACAUGGCCACCGGCAGAAGCAUCUCAUUGUGGACAACUUUCUUGCCCACGAGAGCCUCAAGAAGCCAAAGCACAAGAGGAAACGGAAAAGCCUGCAAAACCGGGAUGAUCUCCAGUUUCUGGCAGAGCUGGAAGAGCUCAUCACCAAGUUCCAAGUGUUCAGGAUCUCUCACCGGAGUUACACCUUUUACCACGAGAAUCCAUAUCCCAGCAUUUUUCGGAUUAACUUCGAUCACUAUUACCCGGUGCCAUAUAUCCAGUAUGACCCGUUGCUCUAUCUUCGUAGGACUUCAGAUUUGAAGUCAAAGAAGAAGCGUGGUAGGCCUGCAAAAACCAAUGACACCAUGACAAAGGUGCCUUUUUUACAAGGGUUCAGCUACCCUAUUCCCAGUGGAAGUUACUAUGCACCCUAUGGAAUGCCUUACACAUCAAUGCCUAUGAUGAACCUUGGUUACUACGGUCAGUACCCAGCUCCUUUGUACCUAUCGCACACGAUUGGAGCAGCUUCCCCCUUCAUGAGGCCAACAGUGCCCCCACCUCAGUUCCACACAAGCUCCCAUGUCAAGAUGUCGGGGGCAGCAAAGCAUAAAGCAAAGCACGGGGUACACCUGCAAGGACCUGUUGGCAUGGGCCUGGGGGACAUGCAGCCAUCCCUGAACCCUCCCAAGGUGGGAGGUGGCAGUUUAUCCAGUGGUCGGCUCCACAAGAGAAAACACAAACACAAGCAUAAGCACAAGGAAGACCGGAUCCUGGGGACCCACGACAACCUGAGUGGUCUCUUCACAGGCAAGGCCACAGGCUUCUCCAGUCACCUCCUGAGUGAGCGGCUGGGCAGUGGGGACAAAGAGCUCCAGCUGGGGAAUGAGAAAAGCAAGCAUAAGGAGAAACCAAGACACAUGCACAGCGAUGCCAGCCACAAAGCUUCCAAGAACAACUUCGAAGUGGACACCCUGUCAACGCUGUCGCUGUCCGACUCCCAGCACUGGACGCAAGCCAAGGACAAAGGGGACCUGAGCAGUGAGCCUGUGGACUCAUGCACGAAAAGGUACUCUGGCAGCAGUGGGGAUAGUGGCAGCACGAGAUCAGAGAGCCUGGAUGUAUUCAGUGACAUGAACCCAUCGAGCGACAAGUGGGACAGUGACGUGAGUGGGAGUAAAAGGAGGAGCUUCGAAGGCUUUGGGACGUACAGGGAAAAGGACAUCCAGACCUUCAAAGUGAACCGCAAGGAGAGGAAUUCUUAUGACUCUUCCAUGUCCCCAGGAAUGCCAAGCCCUCACUUAAAAGUGGACCAGACAGUAGCACAUGGUAAGAACGAGAGCUCACUGUCCACCAUGAUGACCAGGAAGAAGCCAGCUACAAUGGACAGUGUUGCAAUUCCACCAACCCCAGUGUUAUCUCUCCUGGCUGCAUCUGCAGCAACAGCAGACACAGCCAGCUGCUCCCUGAAGAAGCGGUUCAAGCGGCAGGAGAUAGAAGCCAUCCAGUGCGAAGUGAGGAAGAUGUGCAACUACACCAAGAUUCUGUCCACCAAGAAGAACCUGGACCACGUGAACAAAAUCCUGAAGGCCAAGCGGUUGCAGAGACAGUCAAAGACUGGCAACAACUUCGUCAAGAAGAGGCGGGGGCGGCCCCGGAAGCAGCCCACCCAAUUCGACGAGGACUCCACAGACCAAAUGCCAGUGCUGGAAAAAUGCAUCGACCUGCCUAGCAAAAGGGGUCAGAAGCCCAACCUGAGCCCCUUGGCGCUGGAGCCCGCCACUGCCACUGGCCAGGACGCCGUCAUGGCCACCAUAGAGGCAGUCAUCCACAUGGCCCGGGAGACUCCUCCAUUGCCGCCGCCGCCACCACCCCCGCUGCCGCCUCCCCCGCCCCCGACGCCUCCCCCUCCCCUGCCGCUGCCCAAGACCCCGCGGGGUGGGAAGCGGAGACACAGACCCUCGCCUCCAGCCCAGCCGCCUCAGCCCCCACCCGCGCCGCAGCCCCUUCCCCAGGAGGAGGAAGUGAAGGCCAAAAGGCCGAGGAAGUCCCGAGGGAGCGAGAGCGAUGUCCUUCCCUAGGGUGUCUGUGAGCCUGUGCACCUGGGGCUGAGGACUGAUGCGUCGCAGGUGCAGUGAGCCCGGUGGGGCGGACACCCAAGCCCUUCUCUGCAGAAGCUGGGCGGGCAGGAGCGGGCUAGAAGGAUGGGGCUGAGCCUUCAGGAGCCCUGGAGCAAGCGUUGUGUGGUGGGAAACCAGGGUCUGUGCUGUUCCGCCGUUCCCAGCCCCGCGGCGCCGAGCGUGGCUGGGUAGGUGCAGGUGAGCGCCAUCCCGGAGGAGACAGCCGACAGCUUGGGGCGCCGCGGUGGCCACCUGACUGCCCUCGUCGCAGGUGGGCUCUGGAUUCCCAUAGCAUUCACUGGCCCGAAAAAAAAGGGGAAACACCUUCAAUUGGGAAACAUUCCAAGGGGAGAAAAGCUGCAGAAUGUCCCAACUGGCUUUGCUGUAACUCACUUCCAUUUCAUUGGCUUUUAUUUUACUACUUUUGGUUUUCAAACUCCUCUAGGCUUUAAAGACCCAAUCUCGUCUCGAGUGACCGGUAUCUUUCCGCUAACAAUUCGAUUUCUCAGAUGAAAUCGUGUGAUCAAAGGUGGAAUGUUAGUGAUAGGUGACGUUAGACCUGCUUUCAUAUCCACUGUCGCAGACACAUGGAGUGGUCGCACCGUAUGUUCCUGCUUUUCCUUUGCACAUUGUAUUCUCCAUAUAUGUGCUUCCUGUUCGCGGUUCCCAUGUAGGUCCUGUAAGCCCUACCUGUGUAAAGUCAACCCUUGACCUGCAGUUCUAAGGAUACCUGCCUCUGAAUCAUGCCCAUUGUGAAACAGACGCUCUGUAUUGGUAGAAACUUUGAAUAAUAAGUGAGUAGCCAAGGACACGUUGACCCAAGUGUGGACCAGGUUUUUUUCAUCCUUAAAUCAUAUUAACAGAGAACAGGCAGAACAAAAUGUUUGCAAUGCCCCACAGAAAAUGGAAUAACUUAACAAAUCACCAAAUAUUGAAACCCCAGACCCACCAGAAAGAGAAGUGUCUAGCAAUGCCUUGGUACGUGAUUUUUUAAAAUUUCAUUUGAAUAAUUAUCACAGGAUGUCAGAAAAAAAACUUGACAAAGAAGAAGUCCAUUGUCUCUAGGUAAUUAUUUCUUAAGAAGCAAGUGGGAAUAAGUGUUCUUAUCUGAAAAAAAUAAUAGUAAAAUUCUCAAAGGGUAUCACCACUCCAGUUGUUGUAUCAAGCCACCUUGGACAAAGAAUCCAAAUUGUGGUUGCCUUAAUAAACUAAAACAUUUUUGUACAUAAUGUAAUUAUAAAUCUAUCAGUCUGCAUGGAUGCAAACUGUGUGUGACAAAUCGUCUUUUAAAUGGUCAAUUUCAACUGUACAUUUCUCAUCCAAUUUGUACUCUAGCCAUUGGUUUAGCGUGGACGGAUGUUCCAUCUCUGUUAUCCAUUUCCACAGCCCAGGCUAAACAUGUUAAGAAGACUCAGAAUGAUUAUGAAGCUAUUCCAUUGCCGUAGAUGUUCUUAUAAAUUCAACUGUGGAAAUUUCAAACAAGUAUUUUCAAUUUCCUCCCUCAUUCCUCCCCUUCCCUUCCCCAAGACAUCAAACACCUGGCAUGGUAGAUAAUAGAAAAAGAGACACUGAAGAAAGAAAAUUAAGUUUUCUAAUGAGAAUUAGAAUAUCUGGUUUACCUCAAAAUUAAGUUUCUUUACUGGAGGUUGGGACCAGCUGGAAAUUAUGUUACCACUUCAGAACACAAUAUUAUUUCCUUAGAGGUAAAAAUUUUUGUCAUUGGAAGUGUAAGAGAAUAAGUGAUAGGAUCUCUGUGGAGGUAACUUUCAAAAUCCCAAGUUAAUAUGUUGGUAGACAUCACAGUUCUGUCAGGGUUCCCACGGCUGGUUGAGAUUACAGUCCUCCCAUUCUGUGCCGUCACAAUGGACUU